AUGGUGUUGCAACGUUGUGGCAGUGGGUUGGGUGAAUUUGGCGAGGCGACAACCCAGGAGGUGUGGUGUCAUGGUCGCAAGCCGAACCAGCCUACUAGAUGUAAUAAUGAUUUUCCCCUUCUCCCCUCCCUAGGAAUCAUCCUCAGUGGCAACGAAAUCUCGCAAAUUCUCCUCUCGCUGAUCCUGUCGUACGCGGGUGGCCACCGGAACCGGCCCCGAUGGAUCGCGUGGGGCGUCGUGUUCUGCGCCCUGUCCUGCUUCAUUCUGGCCUCGCCCCACUUUAUCUACGGUGCCGGCGAGAACGCGCUGCAGCUCACGAAGGAGUUCAUCAACGACCAGGAAGCUGAGGCGUCCGUCCUGCGAAGUCACAACCUGACGGCCAUCGUCAAGAGCACGAACCGGCUCUGCCUGGACACGUUCAGUCCGAAGGAAUGUCAUGACGUCAUUUCGGUGGUUCCACUCGUGCUGAUCUUCAUGUCGCAGUUUGUGUUGGGAAUCGGCAACACGCUGUACUAUUCGCUCGGUCAAACGUACCUGGACGACAACACCAAAAAGACCAACACGCCACUCAUGCUGGCCUACGCCUCGUCGCUGAGGACGUUCGGGCCGGUCGUUGGAUUUGCGCUGGGGUACUUUGCCCUCAAGAUCUACAUCGACCCGUCCAAGACACCGGUCAUCGAUAGUACCGACCCGCGGUGGUUGGGCGCUUGGUGGCUCGGGUGGAUCAUCCUCGGAGUGGCGAUGCUGUUCUUUGCGGCCCUCAUUGGACUGUUUCCGAAGGAGCUGCCCAAGAAGCAGGACGUUGAGAAGAGACCCCGGUCAAACAUGCCGGUUGUGCUGAUGAACGAUGCGGAGGCCUUCGGGAAGGAGAAGAAUCCGCUGAGUGCGCGUGGAGUGAAGGAGCAAAACAAUCACGUUGUGCCGAAUGGAGACGAUGCCGGAGCUUCGUUGGUGGAAUUCCCGCAACUUAAAGACUUCCCCAAAGCGCUGAUGCGCCUGCUCCGCAACAAGCUGCUAAUGUGCAACAUCAUCUCCGGAAUUUUCUACAUCCUCGGCUCGAGCGGCUACAUCACGUUCCUGAGCAAGUACAUCGAGGUGCAGUUCCACAAGACGACGGCCAACGCCACGGUCAUCACCGGUCCCAUCACACUGUUUGGCAUGGUGGCCGGAUUUCUCAUUUCUGGGGUGGUCAUCUCGAAGAAGAAACCAUCACCGAAGAUUUUACUCUUUUGGAACGUGAUCGUUGGUAUUGGGUACAUGAUGGGACAGUUUUCAUACCUUUUCUUGACCUGUCCGGACGGAACGAUGCCACUGGUCGAGGGCAGGUUGAACCUGAGUACGGUCUGUAACAGUCGGUGCCACUGCGAGGGAAUUCCUUACUCGCCGGUUUGCCAGGAGGACACCGGAAUUACGUUCUUUUCCGCCUGUCACGCCGGUUGUGAUCAGUGGAAUGCCAAGGGCAAGUUCUACGAUCAGUGCACGUGCCAAAAUGAAAACUAUUCGCCGAUUACGAAACUUCCGUGGGAAAUGUACACGUCGACCCCGAUGAGAUCAACCGAGCCUUUUACGAACCCAUGGACCACCGAAGCGAGUUCCAGCAGCAGCAGCAGUACCUUCACCACCAACAGUAUUCCCUCAACGACCAUCACCACCGCAAAUCGUCCACCAUCGGAAAAUGCCACGAAUGUGCCACUUCCAAAAACGUCCACCGACUCAGCCCUGGACGAUGUGUACAUUUACGAUGACGAAGACGACGAAGCGCCAACCGCCAACACGGAGGACGAAUCCCCAGAUGUCACAGUGCAAAAAGAGCUCAACGCUGCGACAAGCGAGAAACCCAACGAACGACGAAGAAGGGAGGUUGGUGAUGGUGAGCAGGAAUCAACCACCAGCACCCCGUCGGGAAGCACCACCACGGAGAGUCCCUUCACGGCUCAGCUCAUUCCGGGAGCCUGUCUGAAGGGGUGUGCCCUCGGGUUCUACCUGUUCUCCAUUAUAUCCAGUAUUAUCAACUGCUUUGGGGCGUCCGGACGCAUCGGCAAUCUGCUGGUCAAUUACAGAUGCGUCGCCAAGGAGGAUAAAUCGUUCACGCAGGGGCUGAUACUGAUGAUGAUCAGCCUGUUUGCGCUCAUCCCGGGCCCGAUCCUGUACGGUCGCAUCAUCGACAGCACCUGCCUGGUGUGGACGGAGGAGUGCGGCAAGCGGGGGAACUGCCAGCUGUACGACCAGCGCCUGUUCCGCUACUACAUCAACCUGACGGCGCUCGGACUAACGGCGAUUGGCGUGUUCUUUGACGUGCUGGUCUGGUGGUACGGACGCACGUUGGAUCUGUACGGCGAGCGGGAAGCGCUGGAGCAGAAGAAGACUUCGGCGUCCAAAACGACGACGACGGCACCGCCCAAAAGUGCCUUCACGUGAACUUGGUCGCAUGCAACGGGACAGGUCAUCACUUAAUAACUCAUCUUGAACUGAAGAAAAACAAAACAAGAGCACCAAGUAGUUUCGGAUGAGUGGUUUUACUAAAAGAAAAGAACGCAAGACAGUUUAUGUGAUUUAUGUUUUUUAUUUAAAACAGUAAAAUAGAAUAAAAAUUCUAAAUUUUCACAAAUA